UUUGAGUUUGUAAUCAGUGUGAAAAAACAUUUGAGAAAGGAAGCUAAUUUUCAAUAUUUUAGCUUGAAAUAUGAGUGGGAUCUUUAAGUUUGAACUUUUUUGCCCAGACAAACAGAAUUGUGAAAUAGAAUAACAGAUAAUGAAGGUUUUAUAUCAGAAUGCAGGGCUGACAGACAAACAUCAUGGACAAGGUUUAUUACCAGUAUCGCGACUCGCUUAUAAACUCAACACGUAUAAUGGACGACACAGGUCUCGACCUGGAAGGAGAUAGCCUGGGUAUGGGGGUUAUACGUAAAGAAGUGGACCUCACAAAUGAGGAAAAACAAUAUCUACUUGCCGUGGAACGCGGGGAUAUCCCAUCAACUAGACAAUACCUCUCUCUCAUUGGUCAUUGCUCAAAUCUAAAUAUAAAUUGUGUUGACCCAUUGGGUCGGACUGCGUUGCUCAUAGCUAUAGAGAAUGAGAACAUUGAGAUGAUAGAGUUGUUGUUGUCUCACAAUAUCGAGGUCGGUGACGCUCUACUACACGCCAUCAAUGAAGAAAAUGUCGAGGCAGUGGAACUUAUACUUAAUCAUGAAGUUCAGCUGAAAGGAGAAGAGGUUCUACAUGAAACAGCACCAUCUAGUUCAUUCACGCCGGAUAUCACGCCCAUCAUCCUCGCUGCUCACAGGGACAAUUAUGAAAUCAUCAAAAUACUUUUAGAUCGUGGAUUUAGAAUACCCAAACCUCAUGAUGUGAGAUGUAAUUGUAAAUAUUGUGUUACACAAAGCAGUGAAGAUAGUUUAAGACACUCUCGGUCAAGAAUUAACGCAUAUCGGGCACUUGCCAGCCCUUCUUUAAUUGCUCUAUCCAGCAAGGACCCAAUCCUUACAUCGUUUGAAUUGAGUUGGGAGUUAAAACGUUUAAGUAAACUUGAGAAUGAGUUUAAGGUGGAUUAUGAAAAACUUGCCAAAAAGUGUCAAGAAUUCGCUGUAGACUUGUUGGAGCAGACGCGUGGCUCAAAGGAAUUAGAGAUUAUUUUGAAUCAUGAUUCAACAUGUCCUGGAAAUGACCAGGAACUUCCUGCCAGUGAUAACAAAAUGAAACUCAGUAGACUCAAACUAGCUGUCAAAUACAAACAGAAAAAGUUUGUUGCCCAUCCAAACUGUCAGCAGUUACUAGCGACACUGUGGUAUGAAGGUUGUCCAGGUUUUAGAAGACGGAACAUUGUGUGUAAGCUCCUGAUCACUAUGACGAUAGGGUUUAUGUUCCCGUUGUUGUGUAUAACGUACCUUAUUGCACCAAAGAGUAGUUUUGGUUUGCUCAUCCGUAAACCGUUCAUCAAGUUUAUAUGUCAUAGUGCAUCUUAUAUUGUGUUUCUUGUUUUGUUGAUCCUUGUAUCCCAGCGAAUAGAAAUUCCAAAUAUAGACAACCGGAGCUCUUCAUUUGUGAAGGAAACAAAAACAGAGCUACGCGGAGCCCCUGCAACCACUAUAGAAUGGAUGAUAUUAUGUUACGUAGCUGGAUUGAUAUGGACAGAGAUAAAACAGUUAUGGGAUGAAGGAGCAGAUGAAUAUUGCCAUGAUAUGUGGAACAUUCUAGACUUUGUCACCAAUUCAUUGUACAUUGCCACUCUCACUCUCAGGGUUAUAGCCUAUCUACAGGUUCAGAAGGAACGUGAAACAGGACUGCUUGAGCACGCUACUCUACAGCGGAGGGAAUGGGAUCCGUACGACCCAAAUCUCAUAGCCGAGGCUUUAUUUGCUGCCGCUAAUAUAUUCAGUUCAUUAAAGUUGAUAUACAUAUUUACUGUAAAUCCACACUUGGGACCUCUUCAGAUUUCACUUGGACGUAUGAUAAAUGACAUCAUGAAGUUUGGUGUUUUAUACAUGCUAGUGUUGUUAUCAUUUGCGUGUGGAUUAAAUCAUUUACACUGGUACUACGCUACUCUCCGAUCAGAAGAGUGCAACAGUCAGACCGACUUAGAAGCAUCACAUUAUUCUGCAGGAACAAACUUACCGAAUGAUAAGAUUGACCCAUGUGACAGGAAGUACAAAAGCUUCGCCAAUCUGUUUGAGAUUAUACAGAGUUUGUACUGGGCUAUAUAUGGACUUGUUGACCUUGAUCAUCUUGAACUUGAAGAAUCGCACGAGUUCACAGAGUUUAUUGGGAAACUUAUGUUCGGCAGUUACAGCUGGAUAGGCUUUGUUAUAUUGCUGAAUCUUCUUAUUGCAAUGAUGAGUAACUCUUACCAGUGUAUUUCUAGUCAGUCAGAUGAGGAGUGGAAGUUUGCACGUUCACGACUGUGGAUCAGUUAUUUUGAUGAGAGCGGAACUCUUCCAGUCCCAUUCAACAUUAUUCCUAGCCCUAAAACAUUUUAUUAUAUUGUACUUUGGUUUCGGGAGAAACUGUUUCUCUGCUCAAAGGAUCGCAAGCGGAACAGAUGGCAGAGUAUAAGACAACUGAGAAAUUAUACUAAAGUUGUAAAGAAAAUAAAUGAAAGAGAAAUUAGAUAUCAGGCUGUAAUGCGAGAUCUGGUGAAGCGUUACGUGAUGGCGAAGCAGCGUAGUCCACAGCGCGGGGAAGGUGUCACGGAGGAUGAUGUGAAUGAACUCAAACAAGACAUUUCUUCAUUCAGAUAUGAACUGUUGGAAAUUCUGCGCAAUAAUGGCAUGAAAACGCCGAACUUGAAUUCUGGAAAACCGUCGAAUCGGAGAUUGUCACGCAGGAAAAAUCACAGGCGAUCUUUGGAAAGCUUAAAGAAGUCUUUUACUAUGAGCAAUCUGGUUGAGGUGUCAAACAGUGCAAACACUGAACAGAAAAAUAGUGUUAGCAGUAUUGCAUCUGAAGUUCUCAGUUCAUAUAGACCAGCUCCUGUCAGUAUGGGAUGCACAAAAGAUAUCCCUGAAACAAUACAAGAGGAAUCAGAGAGUCGUCGUGAAAGUAUGGUAGAUGCUAACGUUCGUAAAUCAAGUACUGGUAAGAAAAUAGAGACUCUGGCGGAUAUUGCCCAGAGUUCAGAAGAAUCUAGUAACUCUGCUACUCUACUUUCACCUUGGAAUGAGGAUAACCAGACUGGUGCUCAGAAUUCUAGUUUUUGUUACAGUGAUACAGAUUAUGAUGGACUUGAAAUGAACAGCUUGCCAGUCAGUAAUGAUAGUUCUAUGAUGGAUGUUACUGCAGGACUAAAGAACAGAAGUAAUCCCCUUGAACCAGAUGUUAGUAACAUGGCGCCCAUGGGUGAGGCCAGUCCUGUACAAAACAAUGUUGUGUCCAGUAACAGUAGAGUUAAGCCUGCCCAAGCUGACAGUUUAGAAAAGGCUAUUGGAUUUUUAUUGGAAUCCAAAGCCAGAAGAAAAGCUCACCAGCCAGUAAAACGAGUUAAAUUUAAUUAUGUAUGAAAUGCUGUUUUUCUCCAUGAUACAUAUAUUUAUUAAAACAAAUAUACAAUUGAUCUUUAGGCAUAUGUAUAUUAUGUUUUCUUGAUAUUUUACUGAAAAUACAAAACAACCAAAUACAAUUAUAAUAACAAUAACUAGGCAUUUUAUAACUGUAAAAUUUACUUUUAACUGAUUUCUCUGUAUAA